CAAAACUGGGUUCCUUCAACAUGGAAUAUUUGUGAACCUUGACCGACUGCGCUCAGUGAACCCUCGGUCUCCGAGUUGCUCAGUGGGUCCUAGCGGAAGGCGGCGAUCACGUGAAAGCGCCCAGCGAUGGAGGUGAGGUCGGUGCUGCGCUCCCUCUGCCUGGCUCUGAGCUUCGGCUGCACUGUGUGCGCCUUCCCUGGGAACCACCCAGCACUCGGCACCACAGGACAAUUCUGGCACAUAACUGACUUGCAUUUGGAUCCAACCUAUCACUUGACUGACGAUCCUACCAAAGUUUGCUUUUCAUCAAUGGGGCGUCCAGCAAAGCAUGCAGGACCUUAUGGCGACUAUUUGUGUGAUUCACCGUAUAAACUUAUCCAGUCUGCUUUUCAGCUUAUGAAAGAUGCUAAACUUCAACCUUCUUUUGUGAUAUGGACUGGAGAUAGCCCUCCCCAUGUACCAGUUGCAGAGCUUUCAACAAAGAUUGUGAUUGGCAUUCUCCGUAAUAUGACGCAGACGAUCCAGGAAUAUUUCAAAGAUCUACAGGUUUUCCCUGCAUUGGGAAAUCAUGACUACUGGCCACAGGACCAACUUCCUGUUAACAGAAGUGAUGUUUACAAUGCAGCGGCUGAUAUGUGGAAACAAUGGUUGACACAAGAUGCACGUUGGACCUUGCGAAAAGGUGGGUUUUACACCCAGAUCUUUAAUUGUAAUGUUACCCAGCAGACCCUCAGGAUAAUCAGCUUAAACACAAACUUGUACUAUAGCCCCAAUAAAGAGACUGAGGGAAUUCCUGACCCUGCUGGGCAGUUUGUGUGGCUUGAAGAUACACUGAAGAAAGCUCAACAAAACAAAGAGAAGGUUUAUCUCAUUGCACAUGUUCCUCCAGGCUACUUGCCAGACUCACUGUGUACCACUGCAAUAAGGGAGAAAGAUAAUGAAAGGCUGGUGCAAAUUUUUCGCAAAUACAGCGAGAUUAUUGUUGGACAGUUUUUUGGUCAUACUCACAGGGAUAGCGUAAUGGUCCUUCUGGAUAAUCAAGGGAAUCCUAUCAACUCUCUAUUUGUUGCACCAGCUGUAACUCCUCAAAGACGAUCCUUGAAUGGUGUAACCAAUAAUCCAGGAUUACGCUUGUACAAGUAUGACACAGAUGACUACACAUUAUUGGAUAUAUGGCAGUAUUAUUUGAACCUUACUGAAGCCAAUGAGGAGAAAAUACCUGAUUGGAAGUUGGAAUACAUCAUGACUGUAGCCUAUGGCAUAAAAGAUAUACAACCACAAUGUUUGUACAAUUUAGCUAAUACAUUCAUUGGUCCACAUAGUCAGAAGUUCCAAAUGUAUUAUAAUCAUUAUAUUGUCAGUUACAAUUCCAGCAUGGAGUGUGUUGGCCUUUGUAAAGUGAAACAGAUAUGUGCUAUAAAAUAUUUAGAUCAUGCUUCAUACAUGAACUGCAUUUUAAGGGGAUGAAGUAAGGCCCUGUCAAAGAAAGUGUAUUGAACCAUGCAACUUUUAUUCAUUCUCUUCUUCAAUUUGUGCUAAAAGCUCUUAAUUUCUAUUGCUUUUUGGCUGUCUCCAUCAUUUAAAUUAAUGUUCCUUACCUUUAUUCCAUUUCCCUGUUCUCUGCUGAUUCUGUUUUGCUUUUAUUUCGCCAGCAUCCUGCUUUCCUUUUUCCCAUUUCAUUGCUACACAUACUUUUCUGUGAGCAUCACAAGUUACGUUUUCAGAGCUGCAGUGAGUAUUUCCCCAAUUAUGAAGUCAUAGGGAUGUACAGCAUGGAAACAGACCCUUUGGUCCAACUCGUCCAUGCUGACCAGAAGUCCUAAACUGAUCAAGUCCUAUUUGCCAGCACUUGGUCCAUAUCUCCCUAAACCCUUCCUAUUCAUAUAGCCAUCGAGGUGCCUUUUAAAUACUGUAAUUGUACCAAUCUCCACCACUUCCUCUGGCAUCUCAUUCCAUACAUGUACCACUCUCCACAUGAAAAUGUUGCCCUUUAGGUCCCUUUUAUAUCUUUCCCCUCUCACCUGAAACUUAUGCCCUCUAGUUCUGAACUCCCCCACCCCAGGGAAAAGACCUUGUCUAGUUAUCCUAUCCAUGAUUUUAUAAAAUAUUUUAAGUUGUUGGAGGGAAUCCUGAGGGACAGGAUUUACAUGCAUUUGGAAAGGCAAGGGAAUUCUCAAAGUCAAAGAUUGUAAUGUCAUACAACAUAAAAAUAAAUCCUAUUUUUGAAAGAGCUAUCCAGUUGAUCUCAUCUGUUCUUUUCCCAAAGUUCUGCAAGUUAUUCCACUUCAAAUGUUUAUUCAAAUUUGCUUAUCGUUAUUGAUUUGUUUCCAUCACCCUCCAGUGCAAUACAUAUCAGCAUAACUUGCUAUCAAAAUUCUGCUUCCUCAUGUUACCAGUUAUCUCAAAUCUGUCUUUUUGAUACUAAUCCUUUUAGUAGCUGGAAUGUAUAUCUUUCUAUUAAAAACCUUUCCCAUCUUUUGGAUGCCUCUGUUAAAUCCCCCUUUUUUCAUACCCUGUUGAAAGGAGACCAACCAGUUUCUUUGUCACUACACAGAACUGAAGCUGAUCAUGACUAGUUCUAUUCUAGUGAAUUGCCUUUACAUUGUCUCCAAUACUUUGAUGUACAUCUGAAAGUAUAAUGCUAAGAAUUUGGUGUGGGCUGGUUGGUCUAGGGGUACAAUUCUCUCUUAGGGGCUUGUACUGCACUCGUGUGCAAGAGGCCCCAUGUUCAAAUCCUAGAUGAGCCCUGAUUGUUCAUCUUCAGGCAGGAAAGAACUCAAACAAGGAAUUAGGAAGGCUAAAAGGGGCCAUGAAACGUCUUUGGCAAGCAAGACUAAGGGAAAUCUUAAGACAUUUUAUACAUAUAUAAGGAGCAAGAGGGUUAAUAGGCUACAGGUAGGUCUACUCAAAGACAAAGAAGGAAAUGCAUGCAUGGAGCUGGAGGGAAGUGGGUGAGAUCCUUAAAUACUUUGCAUCGGUGUUCACAAAGGAGGACAUAGUGGAUGGUGAGUUGGUUGCUACUCUAGAGCUUGCCAGUAUAAAAAAUGGAGGUUUUGGGUGAUUUAAAGAGCAUUAGGAUAAACAAGUCCACAGGACCUGAUGAAAUCUCUCCCAGAAUGCUGAGGUAAGCGAGGAAAUUGUUGGGGCCCAGUACAAAAUCUUUCUAUCCUCUUUAGUCACAGGUGGUGAUAUCCUAGAAUACUGGAGAACAGCCAGUGUUGUUCCUUUACCUAAAAAAGGCAAGAGGGAUAUUCUGGGAAAUUACAGGCUGCUAAGGUGAGGAAAUUAUUGGAGAAGAUUCUUAGCAUUUACUUAUAUUUGGGGAAAAAAAUGAAUUUGUUAGCGAUAGGCAGUGUGACAUUUGCGGAGAAAAUCAUGUUUCACAAACUGAUUGAGGUUUUUGAGGAAAUCACAAAAAUGGUUGAUGAGCGCAAGAGGUAUAUGUUGUCUCUAUAGCAAGGUCUUCGACAAAGCCCCUCAUUACAAGCUGAAACAAAAGGCGAAGUCACAAGGGAUCCAUGGUGAGCUGUUAAGAUGGGUGCAGAAGUGGCUUAGUCAUAGAAGACAGAGUGUAACAGUGAGAGGGUACUUUUAUGACUGGAGAUCUGUGACCAGUGAUGUUCUGCAGGGAUCAGUGCUAGCCCCCUGUUGUUUGUAAUAUAUACAUAUAUGAUUUGGAGGAGAAUGUAAAUUUAGCACAACUUGUUUUUGCACCCUUAUGCCUGAUGUUUACUUUAAUUGGCUUUGAAGACAUAUGAUGAAACAACUCAAAGAGCUCCCUUUGCAGGUCUGUCACGAAAAGUAAGUUUCUUAGAUUAUUUUUCCUCCUACUAUACAGGAUACAAAAUCAGCAUCACUGAUCUAUGGAAAAGGACACCUAAUUACCUGUAUUUCAUUCAGAUCCUUAAACUCCUGUGGAAAAGUAUGUUUGAUAUCUCUUAAGCCUUUUGAACUGCUAUAUGGUAUAAUUUAAUUUCUGAUAUCUAUUUGUUUUCCCAAGGCCUAUUACUGAAUGUUUCAGUGUUAGUGUGUGGAAUGUCAUGGAGUUGGAUAUAGAUGUUAAUGCAGUUGUGUCUUUGCUCAGAAUGUAUUGCCUCAAGCUAGAAAUUUCUGCAGCCGUAAGUUGUUUGAGGUAGAACACAGUGUAUGUGUAUGUGUGUGUGUGUGUAAUGUUCUGCUAGUACUCUUCUCUUCCCUGUAAUACCCCUGAGAUUAUUGUCUGCCCUAGUCUAAAGCUGACAGCCUCUGUGCAUCAGUUAAAAACUUGGAUCCCUCAUCCAUCGUAGAAUCUGGUGGGCUUUGUGCCACACACAGUGACAAUUCAUUAUUCAUACAUUCAGAUUUACCUGAAGUAUCCUUUCGGGUUACUGAAUAAGGAGAGGAAUACCAAAUGAUGGAGUAUUUUCCUCUGUUGUUGUUUGCUCUUACAGAUGCAAUGGCUUAAUCCUUCACCAUCUUGCAGUUAUUCACGUCUUGUUCAAUUUGUGACACUUUAAAUAAAGAAUCACAUUGAAA